UCCAGCUUUCUGCAUCAGAGCAUGGCUCAAUACCAGUUACACCAGCAUCACUAAUCACUAAGAGGUCAUCCUGAGAGGGCACAGUCUGAUUGCCUGGAGUCCGAUUGCAUUGAAGACCGAAUCGACCCCAGUGAGAUUCAACUCCACGUUCCUGCUGCUCACGUCAUGGAGGUCCUGCGUUCUUACAGCUCCGCCUCUUCUUGUCCCGACGUCUACAACUGGACCAGCAGCGGCAGUCUCAUCCUGGAGCAUUACAACUUCACCGGACGCCUCCAGCAUCGGAAGCCCUCGAAGAGAAGCGUGAGCGCUGUCACCGUCCUGUUCCUGUGCUUCAGCGUCUUCAUCAUCCUGGAGAACCUCAUGGUGCUGUUUGCCGUGCUUUUCCGGGUCCGUCUGCGCCAUCGUUGGAUAUUCAUCUGCAUCGCAAACAUCGCACUGAGCGACUUGCUGACGGGAUCCGCCUACGUGGUCAACAUCUGCAUGUCCGGCAACCGCACCUUCAAGUUAAGCCCAGUUCUGUGGAUAUUCCGCGAAGGACUUUUAUUUGUAGCCUUAGCGGCGUCUAUAUUCAGCCUGCUCUUGAUCGCCGUGGAGCGCUACACCACCAUGAUGAAGCCCAUCCACCAUAAAACCGCCACAAAGACUUACCGAAUCUACAUAAUGGUGGGGCUCUGCUGGGUAACGGCGCUCGUAAUCGGAUUCCUUCCGCUGAUGGGCUGGAACUGCAUUUGCGAUCUGAAAAGUUGCUCCACACUUCUGCCGCUCUACUCCAAGAGCUACAUCUUGUUCGCCCUGAUCAUCUUCUUCAUAAUCCUACUCACAAUCGGCGCUCUCUAUUUCGCCAUCUACUGCCAUGUCCGCAGUAGCACCAAGACCAUAUCCUUACGCAGCAGCAAGCGUUCGCUGCGCCUCCUGAAGGCCGUCAUCUCCAUCGUUGGAGUCUUCAUGGUGUGUUGGGGUCCUUUGUUCAUCCUCUUGUUGGUGGACUUCUUCUGCUACUCUCGUAACUGCAGCACACUCUUCAAUCCUGAAUGGGUCAUCGCCAUGGCUGUGCUCAACUCGGCUAUGAACCCGCUCAUUUACUCAUUCGGCAGCCUGGAGCUGCGCAAAGCCAUCGCGACGCUCCUGUGCUGCUGCUGUCUGAAGGUGGGACUGUGCGACCCCAAGACCUUCAUGUCAAAGGAGACUUCCAGCACCUCCGGGGGUGGGCAAAGUAGCCUGCGCAACAGCUUCAACAAGGUGCGAAACCUGAGCACCAGCCCGCAGCCUGAACCGAAGAACGGCAAGAAAACACGCCUCAGCUCCACCACUUCUUGUUUAUCUGCAUCGAGCGGUUAAGCCGCAGUGGGCAGGUGUGUUUCUCCUUCGCCACAGGAACUGCACCUCCUCAAACACAUCACGGUUGUGGCUUCAGUUCUGUUUCUCUCUUUGAGGGUCAAAAGUCUGCAGGUGUGAGUUUCCAUGCUCAUGGACAAAUGCAGAAAGGACUGUAAAAGUAAGCAGCUUUGCAACAAAAACAUAGAAAAGGUAAAAAAUAUAUAUAUAUAUAUAUAGUAACUUGAAUGCAAUUUUGUACAACAUUUGAGCCGAAUGCAAUGGAAAGCAACCAGAACUGUAAAAUACUCAAAUAUAAACUGCCUUUUAUUGUUGUUCGAAAGAUUGUCUACGCGAAUGUACAAGUAAUAUGAAUGUUAUAAUUUAAAAAUGAAAAAGUAUAUAUUUUUAUAUUCUACGUAAAAGGGAUUCUUUAGAUUGUAUACAUGCACUUUUGAAACUGUUAAUAUUUUAGAGUACAUAUUGUCAAAUUGUUUUAAAGGAAAUAAAAUAAAGCAUUGAUUCAUAUUGAU